AUGAAAGACAUCAACGUACAAACGCCACCAACAGCCCCUCGCAAUAAAGCUACCCCACCUCAACAAUCAGCAUGUCAUUUGUUAUUUGAUUAUAAGCCAAGUUCAGAUGGAAUUGAUCUCAACCUUUUGAUUCUCCUUCAUGGUUUAGGCGACACCAAGACUCCAUUUUCUGCUCUCGGACCUAAACUUAAUUUAGCUCAAACAGCUACAAUAGCUGUCCAGGCACCUCAGCCUGUACCUUACAUGGAAGAUAGCUAUCAAUGGUUUCCUAGCUUUGAUUUUUUGACAGGCAAUCUUUUGCCGCCCUCAAAUCCUGAAAGGAUGAAGGGUAUGUUACGGACACGCAAAUGGAUGGCAGAGCUUCUCCAACACAUGGUUUCUGUGUGUGGGUUUGCUCCCUCGAACAUCUUUUUCUUUGGAUUUUCACAGGGUGGGAGUGUUGCAUUGGACACUGUAUUGUUUGGAGAUAUACCUAAUCUUGGUGGAGUGGUUAGUAUUAGCGGGUACCUUUUGGAAGAACAGGAGAAAGAGAAGAAAGUUGGGACUGGGUAUGGUGGUUACAUAUUAGUGACCCAGGGCGAAAAGGAUGGUUUGGUUGGAAGCAAAGCAUCUGCUGAGAAAAAGUUCAAAGCUAUUCAGCGAUUCUGCUCCCCUUCAGCAGAGACAUCACAGAUUUUUAUUACAAACAAGGACCACACCAUGGCUCAUUCAGAGGGUGAAUGGCGUGUAAUUCAUACAUUCUUUUCCAAGUACUUGGCUCGACGCAACAUUCAAUUGGAAAAUAUGUCCGAUGUUUACCUCGUUAAUCCUUAA